AUGACAAAAAUCAAGCAAAGUGAAGAUAAGCAAGACCACCGCAGCGACGACAACACAGCCGAGAUCAAGCAAUACGAAAGCAAGAAAAAAGCAAAAAUCAAGCAAAAUCAAGGCGAGAUGAAACGAGAUCCUGUCCUCGGCCCACGCAUCACCCCAGACAAGCGCUACGAUAAACAAGACUACGACAGUGAUAAAACGCCUGAAAUCAAAGAAAGUCAAGCAAUAAAACAUCAAAAAAUCACAAAAAUCAAGCAAAAUGCAGUCAAGUCGAAACGAGAUCCUGUCCUAGGCCCACGCAUCACUCCAAAGACAAGACCACCGCAGCAACAUCACAGCAAAAAUCAAGCAACGCCCCAGCAACAAAACGUCAAAAAUCAAGCAAAAUCAAGUCAAGUCAAAGCAAGGUUCCGUCCUAGUCCGACGCAUCACUUCAGACAAGCGCCACGAUAA